AUGGGAGAAGGAGAAGCAAAAGCAGAUCACGCAGCCAAAGCAGAUCACAAGCGUGCUCACUCCGCCUCUUCGACGCCAGAAUCUUACUCCAAAGACGACGGCGGAGGCGGCGGAGGAAGCGCCGUCCGCGCAAUCUGCGGCGCCAUCUUCACCAUCCUCAUCUUACUAGGGAUCAUCGCUCUAAUCCUCUGGCUCGUCUACCGUCCACACAGACCACGUCUCACCGUCGUCGGAGCCGCGAUCUACGACUUUAACUUCACUGCGCCGCCGUUGAUCUCGACCUCCGUUCAGUUCUCCGUUUUGGCGCGAAACCCGAACCGGAGAGUCUCCAUUCACUACGACAAGCUCUCCAUGUACGUGACUUACCGAGAUCAGAUCAUUACGCCGCCGCUUCCGCUUCCGCCGCUUCGUUUGGGACAUAAAUCUACGGUGGUGAUAGCUCCGGUUUUGGGCGGCCACGGAAUACCUGUGUCGCCGGAAGUGGCUAACGGGUUGAAGAGCGACGAAGCUUACGGCGCCGUUUUGAUGAGAGUGGUGGUUUUGGGGAAGCUCCGAUGGAAAGCCGGUGCGAUUAAGACUGGACGGUACGGAUUUUAUGCCACGUGUGAUGUAUGGUUGAGAUUUAAUAUAUCUUCAAAUGGACAAGUCCCACUUCUCGCUCCUUCAACUUGUAAAGUUGAUGUCUAA